AUGGAGGCCUCCUUGGUUGAACUAUGCUGCCCCAGUCGAUAUCUCGCAGAGCGCAGCAGGGAAGGUCAAAGUUGUGAAGUUGGUCAGUUCCGCUGUGGCACAGGUAAAUGCAUCCCAGCAAGCUGGCGCUGCGAUGGCACUGCAGACUGCGCAGAUGAUUCAGAUGAGAUCGGCUGCCCCCGAUCGACCUGUGAAGCGGGCCAGUUCCAGUGUCUGAGCGACGGCGAGUGUAUUUCAGUCCACUGGGUAUGUGAUGAUGAGGAGGAUUGUGAAGAUGGCUCAGAUGAGAGACAGCACUGUCCUGGAAGGACCUGUUCCAGUACACAGUUCACCUGCACAAAUGGAGCAUGCAUCCCAGCGGAGUACAGGUGUGACCAUCUGCCCGACUGUUCAGAUGGGGCGGAUGAGAGAAACUGCCACUAUCCGGAGUGCCCAGAGUUGAGGUGUGCCAGUGGGGCAUGUUAUAACACGAGCCAGCGCUGUGACCAGGUGCUCAACUGCCGAGACAGCUCUGACGAGGCCAACUGCACUCAGAGAUGUGGUAGUGGCCAGUUUCAAUGUAAUAACGGAGAGUGUAUACCACGGGGAUACCUCUGCGACCAUGAUGAUGACUGUGGGGACCAGAGUGAUGAACAGAACUGCACUUACCCUACGUGUAGAGGAACUUACUUCACUUGCCCCAGUGGUCGCUGUAUACAUCAGGUCUGGCUGUGCGAUGGAGAGGAUGACUGUGGAGACAAUGCUGAUGAGCGAGGCUGUGAUAACGUCCAGCAUGAGUGUUACCCUGGUGAAUGGGCGUGCCCCUCGUCUGGUGUUUGUAUCCUCAUGGAACAGCUCUGUGAUGGCACACCUCACUGUCCCGAUGGGGAAGAUGAGACCAACUCUACUGCUGGACGCAACUGCAGUAUCUGGCGCUGCGCAUCUCUGAGCUGUGAGCAUCGGUGUGUGGCAUCUCCUGAGGGUGGUACCUGCUCCUGUCCAUCUGGCUAUAUAGUCAGCAUCAAUAACAGCCGCUCCUGCAUCGACUAUGAUGACUGCCAGUUGUGGGGCGUGUGUGAUCAGCUGUGUGAAGAUCGGAUCGGUACGCAUCACUGCAGCUGUAAGGAGGGCUACGUGUUAGAGCAGCACAGAUACUGCAGAGCCAACACGUCCUCUGGAGUGGCAUCUUUAAUCUUUUCUAAUGGACGAGACUUGCUGAUUGGAGAUAUCCACGGUCACAGCUCUCGAGUCCUGGUUCACUCUGAGAACAGAGGAGUGGCUGUGGGAGUGGAUUUUCAUUACCAGUUGCAAAGGGUCUUCUGGACUGACACCAUCCAAAACAAGGUGUUUUCAGUGGACAUGGAUGGGUCACAUUUGCAGGUGAUCCUAAAUGUAUCAGUUGACUAUCCUGAAAACCUGGCUGUGGACUGGGUGAACAAUAAACUUUAUGUGGUGGAGGCCAGUGUUAACAGAAUUGACAUGGUGGACUUUGACGGGAAUAAUCGCAUCACACUCAUUGCAGAGAACCUAGGAAAUCCAAGAGGACUGGCACUAGAUCCAACUGUUGGAUAUCUUUUCUUCUCUGACUGGGACACUCUGAAUGGAGAACCUGGUCUGGAGAGAGCCUAUAUGGAUGGCACCAAUCGCUAUGGUAUCAUCAGGUCCAAGCUAGGCUGGCCUGCUGGAAUCACACUGGACAUUGAUGCCAAGAGGGUGUACUGGGUGGACAGUCGCUAUGACUACCUAGAAACUACCACUUAUGAUGGGCUGCACAGGAAAACGGUGGUGCAUGGAGGCUCAUUGAUCCCUCACCCUUUUGGCAUAAGUCUGUUUGAACACAUUGUGUAUUUCACUGAUUGGACCAAGAUGGCCAUCAUGAAAGCCAACAAAUUCGUUGAAAACAACCCACAAGUGCUCUACUCAACUGCUCAUACGCCAUAUGGUGUGGCUGUGGUACAUCCCUUCAGGCAGCCCUAUAUAAAUAACCCAUGCGGGGUGGACCGAGGGGGCUGUGAGCAGAUCUGUGUGCUGAGUCACAGGACCGAUAACGACGGUCUGGGAUAUCGCUGCCGCUGCCGCAUGGGCUAUGACCUUCACCCUGACGGCAAGAGAUGUGUCGCUGUGAGGAAGUUCUUGCUGUUCUCCAGUCAGCUGGCAGUAAGAGGGAUCCCAUUUAACCUCUCGUAUCAGGAGGACAUCAUCCUUCCUGUCACUGGCACGCCAUCUUUCUUCGUUGGAGUGGACUUCAGUGCAGAGGACAAUUCGAUUUUUUUCUCUGACACUGCCAAGGACAUUAUUUUCAAGCAGAGAGUAGAUGGGACUGAGAGGGAGGUACUCGCAGCCAAUCGGGUAGAGGGUGUAGAGGAUCUGGCUUAUGACUGGAUAUCAAAGAACCUGUACUGGACAGACCCACGCUAUCGGAGUAUAUCAGUUAUGAAAGUAGCAGACAAAUCCAGGAGAGCCAUCAUCCGCAACCUGAACAACCCCAGAUCUAUAGUGGUGCAUCCAAUAGUCGGCUUUAUUUUCUGGACUGAUUGGUACCGUCCGGCGAAAAUUAUGAGGGCCUGGUGCGAUGGGUCUCAUGCCCAGCCAAUCGUUAACACCACACUGGGCUGGCCUAAUGGCCUCGCCAUUGACUGGAGCUCCAUGCGUUUGUAUUGGGUCGAUGCUUUCUUUGAUAAGAUUGAGCACAGUACUUUUGAUGGGCAGAACAGAUUGUCACUGGAUCGGAUUACACAGAUAUCUCAUCCAUUUGGACUUACUAUUUACGGAGGUUAUGCAUACUUCACGGACUGGCAUCUUGGAGGAAUAGUCCGUGUUCGGAAAACGGACGGUGGAGAGAUGACGGUUAUCCGGCGAGGAAUCAGCCACAUUAUGCAUGUCAAAUCUUUCAAUGCUGACUUGCAGAUUGGUUCCAACUUCUGCAACAGGCCUUCAAAUCCUAAUGGAGACUGCAGUCACUUCUGCUUUCCUGCACCAUACUCCCAACGUGUGUGUGGCUGUCCUUAUGGAAUGAAGCUUGCACCCAAUCAGCAGACCUGUUUGAAUGAUUCAUCCAGUGAGCCACCCAUACUGCAGUGUGGCUCCAACUCUUUCUCCUGCUCCAACGGGAAGUGUGUCCCUACCAGCUACCAGUGUGAUGGUGUAGACGACUGCUAUGACAACAGUGACGAGGCCAACUGUGGAACUAACAACAAUACCUGCUCCUCCUUUGCCUUCACCUGUGCCAACCAGCGCUGUGUGCCUAGGAAUUGGCACUGCGAUGGGCACAAUGACUGUUUCGAUGGCAGUGAUGAACGAGACUGUCCUUCCCAGACCCCAGGCACAUGCCAGGCUGACCAGUUCAGCUGUGCCAACCACUAUUGCAUCCCGCGCACUUGGCUCUGUGACACAGAUAAUGACUGUGGUGAUGGCUCUGAUGAAACCAACUGUGAUGCUAUCGGCACAUGCUACCCAGGUCAAUUCCAGUGUCCUGAUCACCGGUGUAUCGAUCCAGCCUAUGUCUGUGAUGGAGACAGAGACUGUGUGGAUGGGGCAGAUGAGCAGGGUUGUGUUUACAACUGUACUGGCUAUGAGUUCAAGUGUGCCAAUGGACACCAGUGUGUAAACUCCUACUACCGCUGUGAUGGGGUUUUUGAUUGCAACGAUCGCUCUGAUGAAUCUGGCUGCCCCACCAGACCACCGGGCAUGUGCCACCAUGAGAGUGAGUUCCAGUGCCAGUCAGAUGGCACCUGUUUGCCCUCUGCAUGGGAAUGUGAUGGUCAUGCAGACUGUGAGGAUGGGUCAGAUGAGCAUCACGGAUGUCCCCCGCGUACAUGCCCUACCUCACUCUUCCGCUGCGACAAUGGCAACUGUGUGUUUCGCAGUUGGCUGUGUGAUGGGGACAAUGACUGCCGCGAUGGCAGUGAUGAGCGUGACUGCCCUACUCCACGAUUCCGCUGCCCCAGCUGGCAGUGGCAGUGCCCUGGCCACACAGUAUGUGUCAAUAUCAGCAAAGUAUGUGAUAAUACACCUGACUGCCCAAACGGAGCUGAUGAGUCGCCACUCUGCAAUGAACAUUUACCAGACCAAGAGAUUUGCUCAGACAACAAUGCAGGCUGUACUCAUGGAUGUAUCCAGGGUCCAUUUGGGGCACAAUGCACAUGUCCAGUGGGCUAUCAGUUAAGCAACGACUCGAAGACAUGUGAGGACAUAGACGAGUGUGAUCCCCCUGGCCUGUGCAGCCAACAUUGUUUUAAUGAGCGGGGCUCCUUCCGAUGUCACUGCCAAGAAGGAUACACACUCGAGGGGGACGGACGCACCUGCAAGGCCUCAGGAUCUCGGGAGGCCAUUCUGCUGGUGGCCAGUCGUAAUCAGAUAAUAAGUGAUGACAUCAUCUCACAGCCGAAUGUCGUGCGGUCCCUUGUUCGAGAUGGCCGGAACAUUGUAGCAGUGGAUUUUGACUCUGUAACAGACCGUGUGUAUUGGUCUGAUACCACCCAGGACAAGAUAUGGAGUGCACAUAAAAAUGGCAGUGAUAGGAUUGUGAUCUUUGACAGUGGCGUGACAGUCACUGAGAGUAUAGCAGUUGACUGGGUGGGUAGAAAUUUGUACUGGACAGACUACAUCCUUGAGACCGUAGAGGUGGCCAAACUGGACGGCUCUCAUAGAGCAGUGCUCCUCAGUGAGAAUGUCACUAAUCCCAGAGGCCUUGUGCUGGACCCCAGGAAUGGUUUUCACCUUAUGUUCUGGACAGACUGGGGAAGAAACCCACGCAUUGAGAGAGCCAGCAUGGACGGCAAGCAGAGAACCACGAUCAUCACCAACAAACUUUACUGGCCCAAUGGCCUGACCAUAGACUAUCCCAAUAAUCUACUUUACUUUGCUGAUGCUUACCUGGAUUUCAUUGACUACUGUGAUUACAAUGGAAACAACCGCAGACAAGUCCUAGCCAGUGAUCUGGUACUCCAACAUCCACACUCAAUUACCAUUUUUGAGGAUUUUGUGUAUUGGACUGACAGAUACAUCAAUCGUGUUAUCCGGGCCAACAAGUGGCACGGAGAGAACCAGACAGUGAUGCUAUAUAAUGUGCCUCAGCCCAUGGGUCUGGUGGCAGUGCACCCAGCCAGACAGCCAGCAGGUGAUAAUCCAUGUGCAGUGAACCCCUGCACACACAUCUGUCUUCUGUCUGCGAUUGGCCCCAGGUUUUACUCCUGUGCUUGUCCUUCAGGCUGGAUACUUGCUAGUGACCAGCUUACCUGUGCUAGAGUGGAAGAUCCUUUCCUGGUGGUUGUUAGGGACAGCAUAAUUUAUGGCAUGCCUCUCGACCCUGAUGAAAAGAGCAACGAUGCCAUGGUGCCAAUCGCUGGCCUGCAGAAUGGAUAUGAUGUCGACUUUGAUGAUGCUGAGCAGAUGAUCUACUGGGUUGAAUACCCUGGUGAGAUCCACAGGGUGAAGUCAGAUGGGACUAAUAGGACUGAAUUUGCCCCAGCAGCCAUUUUGGGAUCUCCAGUGGGUUUGGCUCUUGACUGGAUAAGUCAGAACCUAUACUACACGAACCCAUCCUCGCAGUCCAUAGAGGUUCUGAGGCUGAAAGGAGAGGUGCAGUACAGGAAAACUCUCAUCACCAAUAACGGCACCCCGACUGGUACAGGCUCACCGGUUGGCAUAGCAGUGGACCCGGCACGUGGGAAAAUGUACUGGACAGAUCAAGGGACAGAGAGCGGCAUUCCUGCCAAGGUGGCAUGUGCAGACAUGGACGGGUCCAAUUCAGUUAUACUCUUCACCAAUAACCUGGACCAUGUGGAGUUUAUCACUAUAGACAUUAAAGAGAACAAACUUUACUGGGCCGUCACAGGGACUGGCGUGAUCGAGAGAGGAGAUCCAAAUGGUUCAAACCGCAUCACAGUGGUUAAUGGCUUGUCUCACCCAUGGGGUGUGGCUGUGCAUGGGCCUUACCUCUACUUCACUGAUAGGGACUUUGAGGUGAUUGAACGUGUGGAUAAAGCCACAGGAUCCAGCAGAGUCGUGCUGAGGAGCAAUGUGCCUGGUCUCAGAGUCCUCAAAGUGCACUACAGAGAUGCCUCUGCCGGCUCCUCUAAUGGCUGUAGUAACAAUGUCGUCGCAUGUGAGCAGCUGUGUCUGCCUCGACCUGGAGGCCUGUUCUCCUGUGCCUGUGCUACAGGCUUCAAACUCAAUGCUGAUAACAGGACCUGUGCUCCGUACCAGUCCUAUGUGGUCAUCUCAAUGCUCUCUGCCAUCAAGGGAUUCAGUCUGGAGGGAGAUCAUCAUUCUGAGGCCAUGGUGCCUGUGGCAGGGAGAGGUCGAAAUGUUCUACAUGUGGAUGUGCACAUGCCCUCUGGGUUCCUGUACUGGUGUGACUUUAGCAGUACUGUUGCCUCUCGGAAUGGUAUCCGCCGGAUAAAGCCUGAUGGAUCUCGAUUCCGCAGCGUUGUCACUUAUGGGAUUGGACGCAACGGGAUCCGAGGCAUUGCUGUGGACUGGGCAGCAGGGAACUUGUACUUCACAAAUGCCUUCUUGACAGAGACCUACAUUGAAGUUAUUCGACUUAACACCAGUUUUCGCCGUGUUCUCCUGAAGACCCAGGUGGACAUGCCUCGUCACAUUGUGGUUGACCCAAAAAACAGAUUCCUCUUCUGGGCUGACUAUGGUCAAAACCCCAAAAUUGAAAGAGCUUUCCUGGAUGGUACCAACCGGACCGUGCUGGUCACAUCUGGUAUUAUCACACCCAGGGGGCUUGCUCUGGACCACAGGAAUGGGUACGUCUACUGGGUGGACGAUUCACUGGACAUGAUUGCAAGGAUUCGGCCUGAUGGAGGUGAAACAGAGAUUGUAAGGUAUGGAAGUCGCUACCCAACUCCCUAUGGCAUCACUGUGUUUGAGAAUAACAUCCUCUGGGUGGACAGGAACCUGAAAAAAGUUUUCCAGGCCAGUAAAGAACCAGGAAACACUGACCAACCAGUGGUGAUCAGAGACAACAUUAAUAUGCUGAGAGACAUCACCAUUUUUGACCAGAGGAUGCAGCCUUGGUCAGCACAGGAGCUUAAUAACAAUCCGUGUUUGGUGUCUAAUGGAGACUGUGCUCAUUUCUGCUUUGCACUGCCUGGCAGUCAGACCAGGAAGUGUGCAUGCGCCUUUGGGAACCUGGCUGUGGACGGCAUGACCUGUGUGGUGUCUCGAGAUGAUUACCUCAUAUACACUACAGAGCGUAGGGUUCGUUCACUACGGCUAGAUCCCGAAGACCAUUCCCUGCCUUUUCCUAUGGUCACCGUGGCCCGGACCGUUGUAGCACUGGAUUAUGACAAGUUGGACAACAGGAUUUAUUUCACCCAAAGCUCUGGAGCAGGGCAGAGCAAGAUCAGCUACAUUAGCUUAUCAUCUCCUACCUCAUCUGCUACCGUGGUGGCUUCAGACCUGGGUGCUCCUGAUGGUAUUGCUUAUGACUGGAUCAAUAAGAGGAUCUAUUACAGUGACUACAUUAAUCAGACCAUCAACUCCAUGGCUGUAGAUGGAUCACAGAGGACUCUGAUAGCUCAUGUGCCCAGACCACGAGCCAUCAUGCUGGACCCAUGUAGUGGAUACAUGUACUGGACUGACUGGGGUACCAAUGCUAAGAUUGAACGUGCAACUCUGGGUGGAAAUUUCCGUGUUGAGAUUGUUAACAGCAGUUUGGUUUGGCCUAAUGGUCUUACCUUGGACUAUGAUGAACAGAGGCUCUACUGGGCCGAUGCCAGCUUGCAGAAGAUUGAGCGUUGUUCCCUGACGGGCACUAACCGUGAGGUCAUUGUAAGCACAGCUAUUUACCCAUUUGCCAUGACUGUGUAUGGACAGCACAUUUUCUGGACAGAUUGGAACACACGUAGCAUCUACAGAGCUAACAAGCAUGAUGGCUCGGAUCAGAGGGUUAUGAUUCAGAACCUUCGAUCCCGGCCUAUGGACAUCCAUGUGCUGUCCAGUAGCAAACAACAACAAUGCAGCAGCCCUUGCCUGCAGUUUAAUGGAGGCUGCAGCCAUAUCUGCACUCCAGGUCCUCAGGGGGCAGAGUGCCAGUGUCCAUCAGAAGGUCGCUGGUACCUGGCUGACAACAAAUACUGCAUCCCUGAUAAUGGCACUCGCUGCCAGCCAGCCCAGUUCACCUGCAUGAAUGGUCGCUGCAUCCGUGCGACAUGGAAAUGUGACAAUGAUGAUGACUGCGGCGAUGGCAGUGAUGAACUGGAGAGAGUGUGUGGAUUCAAGAGUGAUUUCGCUUUUGCUUUUCACACCUGUGAGCCCACCAUGUAUACCUGUGGAAAUGGUCGGUGUGUGCCAUACCACUACCGCUGUGAUCACUAUAACGACUGUGGUGAUAACAGUGAUGAGGAAGGCUGCUUGUUUCGGCCCUGUAACCCAGACACAGAGUUUACCUGCAACAAUGGUCGCUGCAUCGCUCGGGAAUACGUGUGCAAUGGCAUCAAUAACUGCUUCGACAAUGGAACCUCGGACGAACGCAAUUGUGCUGAGAGGACUUGUCAGCCUGGCCACACCAAAUGCCAGAGCACCAACAUCUGUAUCCCACGUUCAUACCUGUGUGAUGGGGAUAAUGACUGCGGAGAUAUGAGUGAUGAGAGCCCUACACACUGCGCAACAUCUACGUGUACCCAGAAUGAGUUCCGCUGCUCACAUGGGCGCUGUAUACCAGCACACUGGUACUGUGAUGGUGGCAGUGAUUGUGCAGAUAACUCAGAUGAACCUUCCACCUGCACCACCAUGGUGAGAACCUGCAGCUCAGACCAGUUCCGCUGUGAUGAUGGCAGGUGCAUUGCAUCGUCCUGGAUCUGUGAUGGAGACAAUGACUGUGGGGACAUGAGUGAUGAGGACCAGAGACACAACUGUGCUAAUCGAACCUGCUCACCACUGGAAUUCACCUGCGUGAACAAUCGGCCCCCACAGAGGAAGUGUAUCCCCCGGGACUGGGUGUGUGAUGGAGAUGCAGACUGCUCAGAUGCGUAUGAUGAGCACCAGAACUGCACACGCAGGUCCUGCUCUGCCACGGAGUUCACCUGCAGCAACGGCCUCUGCAUCCGCAGCGCAUACAGGUGUGACCGGCGUAAUGACUGUGGAGACAGCAGUGAUGAGCAGGGCUGUGUAUACCAACCAUGUCAACAGCACCAGUUCACCUGUCAGAAUGGUCGCUGUAUCUCACAGGACUUCCAGUGCGAUGGUGAUAAUGACUGUGGUGAUGAAUCCGAUGAGCUGCCACACCUGUGCCACACUCCAGCCCCUACCUGCCCUCCUGGGAAAUUUAGGUGUGACAAUGGAAACUGUGUGCUGUCCAGCCAAGUGUGUGACCACAGCGAUGACUGCAAUGAUAACAGUGAUGAGAAAGGCUGUGGCAUUAAUGAAUGUACAGACCCAUCUGUACACCACUGUGACCACGAGUGCACUGAUACCCCCACCAGCUUUGUGUGUACAUGCCGGCCUGGAUACCGCCUUAUGUCCGAUAAGAAGAGCUGUGACGAUGUAGAUGAGUGUUCAGAGACUCCCAGUGUCUGCAGUCAGAUCUGCGAGAACACACUGGGAUCAUAUGUGUGUAAGUGUGCACCAGGUUUCCUGCGGGAGCCAGAUGGGCGCCGUUGCCGGCAGAACAGCAACAUCAGCCCUUACCUGAUUUUCAGCAACCGCUACUACCUGCGCAACCUAUCCGCAGAUGGAGAAGCCUAUUCACUCAUCCUGCAGGGCCUCAGCAGCGUCGUGGCUCUGGACUUCGACCGCGUUGACAAGCGCCUCUAUUGGAUCGACGUGAGCCGUCGUGUGGUGGAGAGGAUGUUCUUUAACGGCACAGGCAGAGAGGUGGUGUUGAAUGGCAUUCUGCACGGAGAAGGCCUGGCUGUGGACUGGGUGGGACGGAAGCUUUAUUGGAUGGACAGCUUUCUAGACUGUCUGAAGGUGUCUGAGCUAGAUGGACGUUUUGUCAGGAAAUUAGCUGAGCAUUGUGUGGAUGCUAACAACACCUACUGCUUUGAGAAUCCAAGAGCCAUCGUGGUGCAUCCAAAAUUUGGAUAUGUGUACUGGACUGACUGGGGAACUAAAGCUUUCAUAGGUCGUGUUGGAAUGGAUGGCAACAACAAGUCUGCCAUCAUUACCACGAAGAUUGAGUGGCCCAAUGGCCUUACCAUUGACUACACCAAUGAUAUGCUUUAUUGGGCUGAUGCUCACCUCAACUACAUUGAGUACUCUGACCUAGAGGGCCGUCACCGCCAUGCUGUGUAUGAUGGUGUGCUUCCUCACCCAUUUGCCAUCACUGUGUUCGAGGACACUGUGUACUGGACAGACUGGAACACUCGCACAGUGGAGAAAGGCAAUAAGUACAAUGGCACUGGACGCCAAGCUCUUGUCAACACCACUCACAGACCCUUUGAUAUCCACGUGCUUCACCCAUAUCGUCAGCCCAUAGUAACCAAUCCUUGUGGAAUGAACAACGGUGGCUGUUCUCAUCUAUGUCUCUUAAAAGCUGGAGGGCGGGGAUACACCUGUCAGUGCCCUGACCACUUCCUGACUGUGCAGAUAGGGGGCGUGGCCCGCUGCCUGCCCAGCUGCUCCAGCACGCAGUAUAGAUGUGCCGACAAUGAGCGCUGCAUCCCUAUCUGGUGGAAGUGUGAUGGGCAGCGUGAUUGCAGGGAUGGUUCCGACGAGCCGUCCACAUGCCCCCUGCGUCACUGUAGAUUGGGCCAGUUCCAGUGUAAUGACGGAAACUGCACCAGCUCACAUUUCCUGUGUAACUCAAACCACGACUGUCCUGAUGGAUCUGAUGAAGACGUUGUGCUAUGUGCAACGCACCAGUGUGAGUCGCACCAGUGGCAGUGCAGUAAUAAGCGCUGCAUCCCGGAGGCGUGGCAGUGCGAUGGGGAGAAUGACUGUGGAGACGGCUCAGACGAGGAGCCCUCACACUGCUCCAGUAGAACGUGCCGUCCCGGCCAGUUCAAGUGCAGGAAUGGCCGCUGCAUCCCUCAGAGCUGGAAAUGUGAUGUAGAUGAUGACUGUGGAGAUAACUCAGAUGAGCCCAUCGAUGAGUGCAUGGGUCCAGCAUAUCGAUGUGAUAACCACACUGAGUUUGCCUGUGUCACAAACUACCGCUGUGUACCUCUGUGGGCUAUUUGCAACAGACAAAACGACUGCAGGGACAACAGUGAUGAGCAGAACUGUGAGGAGUUGACCUGUGACCCUGCUGGAGAUUUCCGCUGUGAUAACCACAAGUGUAUCCCUCUGCGCUGGAAGUGCGAUGGAGACAAUGAUUGUGGAGAUGGAUCAGAUGAACGCAACUGCAACCCUCGAGCAUGCACAGAGAGUGAGUAUCGCUGUGACAACCUGCGCUGCAUUCCUCAACGCUGGGUGUGUGACCAUGACAACGACUGUGAGGAUAAUUCGGAUGAAAGGGACUGUGAGUUGCGGACCUGCCAUCCUGGAUACUUCCAAUGUGACAGUGGUCACUGCAUCGCUGAGCGCUUCAAAUGUGAUGGCAGUGCAGACUGUUUGGACUUCAGUGAUGAGACAUCCUGCCCAACCCGUUACCCGAAUGGGACAUACUGUCCUCCCUUCCUGUUCGAGUGUAAGAAUCAUGUGUGUGUUCAGCAGCACUGGAAGUGUGAUGGGGACAAUGACUGUGGAGACGGAUCAGAUGAAGAGCUACAUCUCUGCUUGGAUAUCCCAUGUGAACCUCCUUUCCGCUUCCGCUGUGACAAUAACCGCUGUAUCUACAGUCAUGAACUCUGCAACUCGGUGGAUGACUGUGGAGAUGGAACAGAUGAAAAACAGGAGCACUGCGUGACUCCCACUCACAGGCCCUGUUCUCCUGAUGAAUUUAAAUGUGGGAACAGCCAGUGCAUUCCUCUGCAGUAUGUCUGUGAUGAUUAUGAUGACUGUGGAGACCAGACUGAUGAGUUGGGAUGUAACAGCGGUAGUGGGCGCUCUUGUGGUGAGAAUCUCUGUGAACAUAACUGCACUGAGUUGGCAGGUGGAGGCUUUAUCUGCUCCUGCAGGCAGGGCUACAAAGCCAGAGAGGACAACAGGAACUCCUGUGAGGAUGUGAAUGAGUGUGACCUCUAUGGCACUUGUCCCCAGCUGUGCAAAAACACUAAGGGCAGUUAUGAGUGUUUCUGUGCUGAGGGAUUCCGCUCUGUGGGACCGCAACACGGGACUGAAUGUGCUGCUGAAGGCAAUCCUCCAGUGCUGCUGUUGCCUGACAACGUGCGUAUCCGUCGUUAUAACCUGUUUUCUAAGCAAUAUUCAGACUAUAUUGAUAAUGCUGAACACAUUCAAGCUCUGGACUACAUUUGGGACCCAGAGGACCAGGGGCUCAGUAUUGUGUACUGGACCAUUUUGGGUCAUGGUGUUCAGUUUGGCUCCAUAAAGAGAGCGUAUAUGACCACAUUUGAUGACCAUGGCAGUAACCAAAUGAAAGAUGUAGAUCUCAACCUUAGAUACAUCUCCAGACCCGAUGGAAUUGCUGUGGACUGGGUUGGGCGACACAUUUACUGGACAGAUGCUGGCACCAAUCGUAUUGAAGUUGCAAAGCUGGACGGGCGGUACAGAAAGUGGUUGAUCCAUUCUGAUCUAGAUCAACCAGCUGCAAUAGUUGUCAACCCAGCUCUUGGUAUGAUGUACUGGUCUGACUGGGGUAGAAGGCCAAAGAUUGAGGCAGCGUGGAUGGAUGGCCAGCACAGACAAGUGCUGCUGGAUGAGGAUCUAGGCUGGCCAACAGGACUCACUCUAGAUUACCUUAAUGGACACAGGAUUUACUGGUGUGACUCGAAAGAGAACAUUAUUGAGUCAAUGAAGCCAGAUGGAACUGACAGGAAGAUCGUCAUAUCAGGAGAUAUUGGAAACCCCUACAGUCUAGAUGUAUUUGAAGGCCAUGUGUACUGGACAACAAAGAUCAGGGGGGAAGUGUGGAAGGUUGACAAGUUUGGGAAAGAGGAUAAAGUGAAAGUGUUGACCAUAAACCCCUGGCUGACUCAGGUCCGCAUCUAUCAUGAGCACAGAUACAACCGUUCAGUGUUGAACCCCUGUAAAAAUGUGUGUAGUCAUUUGUGUCUGAUUCGACCUGGUGGAUACACCUGCGCCUGUCCACAAGGCUCCACCCCCAUCAGCUUCAAUGAGAAUGAAUGUGACGCAGCCAGCCAGCCAGAGGUAGCCAUGCCGCUUGAAUGUGGAUGCAUUAAUGGUGGAACGUGCUCCACUGACAAGCCGGGCCAGCCAAAAUGCAAGUGUCCGCAUGGUUAUUCAGGAAGACACUGUGAAAUAGGAAAGUCCCGAGGAGCACCUGCUGGAACAGCAGUCGCUGUGCUGCUGGCAGUGAUUAUUAUUCUCCUAAGUGGAGCUCUCGCCAUUGGACUUUUCGUGAACUACAGACGCACAGGCUCACUCAUCCCUUCAAUGCCCAAGCUACCCAGCUUGAGUAGUCUGGCCAAGUCAAAUGACACAGGAAACGGCGUAUCCUUCCGCUCAGGAGACAAUGUCACCAUGGAUCCUCAGACUUUGGGGGUAUCAUUCAUAGAUAGAGCCAUGCAGUUGAACGAGAACUUUGCAGAUGCUGGAAGAGAACCUGUCACAUUUGAGAAUCCUCUCUAUUCCACCGCAACAGGCACAGCUGGUGAUGCUGCAGUCAUACAUGCCACACAGGUGACUGUGAAUAUAAGUGGUGAUUCAACAGAGAAUGUAUUUGCAAAUCCCAUGUACAGUGAACAGCAGCAGGCAAUGGAGGUGAAAAGUAUUCCAACAGACCCCAAGAUAACACAGGAGUCUAAAUGGAGCUUCUUUAAGAAAAAACUAAAACCAGGUACAACAUUUGAAAACCCAUCAUACUCCGAGAUGCAGGACAAAGAGCCUGCUUUGAGUACAGAGGACACUUCAACCAGCCAACCACCUCCUGUAGUGCCACUUCCAAAGCCUGUGAAACGAGAUGUACUCAGUAUGUACUCACCCACAGAAGAUUCCUUCCAAGACACGGCCAACCUGGUCAAAGAGGACAGUGACAUAUAA